CCCAGCUUUAUGCUUAUGCAUUUAGGACUUGACAAUGGGUGGAUCAUUUGGGAGAAAACAAGUCUACAUAAAAAUCAGGUCCCCGAUGUUAUUAGCAGCAUCAGGCAGUUGUCCAAAGCUGCCAUGCAAGAGGACACGAAGCCCAGCAAAGACAUGGAGGACGCCUUUUACAACUCUCAGAAGUUCGAGGUCCUGUACUGCGGGAAGGCAACGGUCACCCACAAGAAGGCGCCCUCGAGCCUCAUCGACGACUGCAUCGAAAAGUUCAGCCUGCACGAACAGCAGCGCCUGCGGACCCAGGGAGAGCAGCCCAGCGCCGACCCCGGCGAGGACCUCAUGGUCUUCGAGGCCGAGGUGCCCAGCCCGCCUGCAGACAGCCUGCUGGAGGAAGCCGAUGCCGUCCCCAGGGCCCACGCCGGCUUCCGAGCCGUGGCCAGCCAGCCCGCGCUGUCCAGCUCUCGAGCUUGCUUCCCGGAGCGCAUCUUGGAGGACUGUGGCUUCGACGACCAGCAGGAGUUUCGGGCUCGGUGCAGCAGCGUGACCGGAGUCAUGCAGAGGAAGGUGCAGGAGAACAGCCAGAAAGCCCAGCCUCGCCGGAGGCAUGCCAGCGCGCCCAGCCACGUGCAGCCCUCCGACUCAGAGGAGAACAGGACAAUGCUCUUUCAGGUUGGACGAUUUGAAAUUAACCUCAUCAGCCCAGACACUAAAUCGGUUGUGCUUGAAAAGAAUGGCAUAAAGCAUGUGGAUCACUUUGGAUUUAUCUGCCGGGAGUCUCCAGAGCCUGGGCUGAGCCACUAUAUUUGUUAUGUGUUCCAGUGUGCCAGCGAGUCCCUGGUAAGUGGAGUGAUGACUGUGUAUGACCACCUGCGCACACCUCAGCCUCAGAUGAGACUCCCCUACCCCUCACCAAAGAAAACAUAG